UCUGUUGCAUCUGAUAAAGCUUAACCACUUCAGCUGAGGCAACUGUCUAGUCGUACUGAACUUCCCUCAUCUGAGCAAAACCACUGAGAUUAAGCUGCUGGAAGACUUCAGACUUGCAGUCUGGUCGCGCACGCUCAUGAUUUAACAAGCCACUUUUAUUGCCCUUGUUCUCCAAAAAGGGGUGUGUGAAAAAGAAUUUCCAGGAAGGAAACCAUAUCUGCUUUGGCAGAGGGGCUCGUGAAGGAAAGGCAGAAUGUGUGGAAUGUUGAACACACCGUUUGCAAAGAAACUUUGUUUAAAUGCACCUCAGACCUUUUGAGAAGCUUUCACAAGAGUUCCAAGAUGGGAGAACAAGACCCCAGUGACAGGCUGAGAGGAGACCAUCCGAAAGAGACAAAGGAAAAUGGCACCGGAAGCUUCUCCCAGUUCUCCUCAAGCGUACGCACCAUGGUGCGCAUUCGCCAGAAGUACCAAGCCAUCAAAAAACGGCGUCUUGAGAUAGCAGCCGCGUCAUCAUCCCAGUGCUUCAUUUCUCCACGGUCCACCAGCCCGAAGGUUUUCACUUUUGAAAAUAUCCAAGACCCCAUAUACUCUAACCCCUCUUCCCCUCGCAAGCGGAAGAAAAAGAGGAAGGGGCGGGUUUUGUAUCCGAGCAGCAGUUUGAGAGCCGUACCCACAAAAGAGAGAAGCCGUGCAAAGAAGUGCCUCUACUUGUUGUGCAUCAUUGUAUUUCUACAAGUUUACAACGCCAUUGAGAACUUGGAUGACCAUGUGCUUAAAUAUGAUCUGGACGGACUGGAGAAAACCCUUAAAAGGGAAGUGUUUGGCCAACAGGAAGUGGCAGAGAGUCUUCUGGGUCAUUUACAUGAUUAUUUGUCAACUUAUGUACACAAUAAACCUUUAGUGUUGUCGCUCCAUGGACCCACUGGAGUUGGAAAGAGCCACGUUGGCCGAUUACUGGCCCAGCAUUUCCGCUCAGUUGUUGGCGACGACUUGGUGAUGCAGUACUUUGUUCUGCACCAUUGCCCAACAGACGACGAUAUCCCACGAUGCACCAAAUCUCUGGACUCUCACGUCUCGGAAAUGGUCACUCAGGCUGAGGAAGAGGAGAAGAUACCGGUCUUUAUCUUCGAUGAGGUGGAACACAUGCCCAGGGAGCUGCUGGACACAUUGCAAGACCUGAUCCAUCCCAAAAACAACAACGAAUACUUAAACGCCAUCUACAUUCUCAUCAGCAACCUGGGACAUGAAGACAUCACCAAAUUCGUUCUGCACAACUCCAGCGUCGCUGUCUCAGGCCAUCUGAGCUUGAUUCAGGAGCUGAACCCUUGGUUGCGUAGCUACCUUGAAAGAUACCACAUGGUGUUUUUGGAGGCAGACCUCCUGCCCUUUAUGCUUCUGGAGAAGAGCAACGUAAUGGAUUGUUUUAUUGAUGAGAUGUCCAGGGAAGGAUUCUAUCCAGAUCGAUCCCAUGUAGAAAGGCUUGCGGAAGAACUAUCAUACUAUAUAGUUGGCGAACGGGAGUUUUCUCACACCGGAUGCAGGCAGGUUGUGGCAAAAGUGAACCUUCUCUGAAACAAAAUCUGCCGUGCAGAUGGUCAACGUGAGGAAAUUGUUAUUGGUGCCAUGAGAAUGACAAUUUUUUUUCACAUUUCAUUGUGCAUUCUAUGUAAAAAAAAAAAAAAAAAAAAAAAAUAUAUAUGUUGUACAGUUAUACAUUAUCUUUGUAAAGAAAAUGGUAUACUCUACUGUUUCAAAGUUUGGGGUGCGAAAUAUUUUCGUCUCUUCUGCUCACCAAGAUUGCAUUUAUUUGAUUAAGAAAUACAGUAAAAACACUAAUAUUGUGAAAUAUUAUUACAAUGUAAAGUAACUGCUUUCUACUUGAAUAUAGUUUAAAAUGUAAUU